UCAUGCAAACCGGAUCCUGAAAAAGAGGCAGUCUUGGCUUCAGUCACAGAGGGCGAUUGUGGUGUUUAUUGUAUGGUCGUUGAGGCGGGUUCACCUGACACAGGAUUUGGCUGUGCCUUGAUGGAUAUGGUAAACGUCGAGACCAGUUGAUGUUGGAAGUUAACUUAGUAAUAUUUUUUACUCAGUUGCGGUGGCAGCGGUGUGAUGGUCAAGGGUAUUCAUAGCAAGUAGGUGGAUGGUCCACAGGGGCGUGAUUUCGUUUUAACCAUUGUCCGCAGUGAUUGUCGUCUGAUGCUUCGGGGUAUGUCUGGUAAUGUCCAUGAGCUAUUGUGGAGUCCGCGCUUUAAGUUCCCGCACAUGACCACAAUCUCGCUCUGACACCCGCUGCGAAGAACGCAGGAGCGUCUCAGGAGCUCAUCAUAGUCGAAAAUCGCUGGUUGACCACUCCGAGUCUCGCACCCUCAGUGGAUGUACUGAAGUGUGUCAAUUUUGGAGGUGCAACUCAGUAAAGUCGCUCAGGCCGUCCAGGUCGUGUUGACUCUGUUGUCAACAUGUGCAAGUGCCGCUCCGUGAAUUCGCUGAUGUAGCACCUUAUUUCUAGAAAGUCAGAGUGGUGAAUUGCACGACACCACACUUCGCUCUGCGUGCAGGUGCUGGUUGAUAGGACAGGUCCAAGACAGUUCAGCAUAAACGUCUGUGAGGUCUCAAGCAACUGAUUCUGAUUGCCAGCCUCGGUGGUUACUCCACAUGAGCACCUUCUGAUCCGCAGAAGAGUACGUGCUGUAGAAGGUCCGAGUGAUUGGUGGGGAGACCUCCGCCCCCCAGCAGUUGCAUGAGCAUGAUUUUAGUGCUCCGGCUGCAAAAAAACCACCUAAUCUCCCAAAAACUUAUCUCACCAUGCUGAACAUGCAUUAUUGCGCGGUCGUAUGGAUCAAGUAGUUCUCUUCACAUGACAAGAAUUGUAGAUUGGAGAAGAACGCAGUUUGAUCCUGCUAGGUAGGGAGGGGACUAGUCUAUAAGAUUCGUUCUUUGUUUAUGUUUUCUGAUCUUGACUGUUCAGGAAAAUCGUAGACGACUCACCGAUCCCCAUUUCUGCUUCUAGUUAGAACACCUUCAAAGAUUUCAGCACAAAUAUUCAAGGUUUCCAGCAGUGAUACUCAGGCAGGUGAGAGAUUAUAAAUAUAAAUGGCGGGGUCCGGCAUGUCUCCGUGCGCGGCUUGCAAGUUGCUAAGACGAAGAUGUACUCGUGAUUGUGUGUUUGCGCCAUAUUUUCCUCCCGACGAGCCUCAGAAGUUCGCAAAUGUCCACAAGGUUUUUGGUGCGGCCAAUGUGAAUAAGAUGCUUCAGGAGCUGCCUGUGGAGGCGCGAGGAGAUGCUGUAAGUUCCAUGGUUUAUGAAGCUGAUGCACGCGUUCGAGAUCCUGUUUAUGGUUGCGUUGGAGCUAUCUCCUCUCUUCAACAGCAAGUGGCACAUUUACAAACCCAACUGGCAGUGGCCAACGCAGAGAUCGUGUGCAUGCGCAUUCACAAUACUGAGUCUAGUUCCGAUUGUGGCACUCCGCAUCACAUGCAAGGCUCCUACCAGCAGGGCUUGUCACCUCCGUUGCAGCCGCAGUCGCCUGAACUUCACCAUUACCACAAACCCACGGCCUACUACCACCGCAUGGACAACUCGGAGCUUGCGGAGCUUCUAUGGACAUGACUUGGUUCUACUUUCCUGACUAGUCGAUCAAUAUUUUCGGACCUUUUUGUGGGAUGUUGUACUUAUACCUCGGAUCUCUUCCUCGUGCAAGCAUUUUCGCCGUAUUCGUAACCUGAUACCAACUGGAAUUCUGCUGUGUUAGUUUCACCGUUUUGUUCACUUUCGGUACCUCGCCCGAACUACGUCGCGACUUGUAGAGAAACUUGUCCCGGUUCAGUGGCGGUGAAGAUGACGAUCAAUCAUCAUCAUCAUCAUCUUUCUUGUACAUGUACUUUGUGUGUAAAAGAGCUACAGGGCAUACGAUUCUUUUUCCCUUUAGACUUCAGCUGUGAACUUCGGCUUCCAUCCCCAUGCCUCUGUCUCCGGAAGAUUAUCACGAGCUUGCAGCUUGUUGUAUGAGACCCUCCAGAGAGACGUGCAUGGAGUGAUUACUUAGUUUUUCUGGGUAUGGUGUAGCUUUGAUUAGUGUGAACUGCGAAAAUGUUUACCAAUAGCCCCUUGUAUUUGUUUUAUUCUAUAAAUAUUAACUACAUUCAUUGUUGGCCCGUAUUUUUUUA